AUGUCGGUGCUGGCGGACAUGCUGGCGGAGAUCUUCCGGGAGCCCACGCUGGCCGGGGUGGCGCGGGAGCUGGCCACCCUCGCCGCGCCGCUCUGGCUCGCCGCCCUCGUGGGCCUGCUCAUCGGCUGGGCCUGGCGCCCGCGCUGGGCCGCCGCAGUCGUCGACGUCGCCGGGCACCAACAGCAGCCGGUGCCGGCGGCAGCGGCGGCGCAGCAGGCCCCUGCCCCGCAGACCACUGUUGCCGACCACUUGGCCGUCGUACCUAGAGCUAAGGCGGCCUCGCUGGCGCCGGUGGAGGAGGAAGAAUUGGCGGUCAGCACCCCGGACCUGAUGCACCUCCGCAGGGUCGUCGAGGAGAAGGACGGCGGCCCCGCCUGGACGCACAUGAUGGACCGCACGCUCCCGACAUUCCGAUACCAGGCCUGGAAAAGAGAACCCCAGAACGGCCCGCCGCAGUACCGCAGUAGCACUAUCUUCGAAGACGCGUCGCCGGAUGUUGUCAGGGAUUUCUUCUGGGAUGAUGACUUCCGGAUCAGCAACACCUGGGACGAUAUGCUUCUUGAGCACGAGACGCUGGAGGAGUGCACAAAGACCGGAACGAUGGUUGUCCGCUGGGUCAGGAAGUUUCCAUUCUUCUGCAGCGACAGGGAGUAUGUUAUCGGUCGCAGGAUAUGGGCAUCUGGAAAGACCUACUACUGCGUUACCAAGGUGUGUGAUGAAGUGAGUGUACCUCGUCCCUCUGUUCCAAGGAGCAGCAAACCUCGCCGCGUGGACCUGUACUACUCUAGCUGGUGCAUCCGUCCAGUUGAAUCAAGAAAUGGUGAUGGUGCGAUGACGGCAUGCGAGGUGCUCCUGUUUCAUCACGAAGACAUGGGUAUCCCAUGGAGCAUCGCGAAGCUCGGCGUGCAGCAGGGUAUGUGGGGCUGCGUCAAACGGAUAGAGCCUGGCCUGCGGGCAUACCAGACCGCGAGGGCCGCCGGGGAGCCCAUCUCGAAAUGCGCUGCGAUGGCACACGCCAACACAAAGUUUGUCGCCGACGAGCUCACCGCUUCAGAAAACAACACCGAGGCCGGUUCGACCAGCAACAACGCCCAAGCCGAGAAGCCAAAGCACUGGACGGGCAACCUACCCAAAGUCUUCGUGAUAGGCAGCGUGGUCGCCCUGGCUUGCACCUUCGACAAGGGGCUACUGACCAAAGCCCUCGUAUUCGGAACGGCGAGAAGGUUUGCAGGACCAGGAAGAAGAUAG